AUGAAAAACGCUCUGGUCGUCCAGUUGAAUAUAACACGUGAGAUUGCAGAGAAGCUUCAUGUAUCACAUACAUGCAUUGAAAAUCACUUAAAACAACUUGGCUAUGUUCAAAAACUCGAUACAUGGGUUCCUCACGAACUGAAAGAAACGCAUUUAACGCAACACAUUAGCAGCUGCGACUUGCUAAAGAAACGUAAUGAAAAUGAUCCAUUUUUAAAACGACUGAUAACUGGCGACGAAAAAUGGGUUGUUUACAACAAUAUCAAGCGGAAAAGAUCGUGGAGUAAGCCAGGUGAACCAACUCAAACAACAUCAAAAGCUCAUAUUCAUCAAAAGAAGGUUUUGUUAUCAGUUUGGUGGGAUUACAAAAGAAUUGUCUACUUUGAACUCUUACCACCCAACCGAACGAUCAAUUCUGAUGUCUAUAUUGAACAACUAACGAAAUUAAACAAUGCACUUGAAGAAAAGCGGCCCGAAUUGACAAAUCGAAAAAGUGUUGUAUUCCAUCAUGACAAUGCAAGGCCACACACAUCUUUGGUCACUUGGCAAAAAUUAUUGGAGCUUGGUUGGGAUGUUUUGCCACAUCCACCAUAUAGUCCUGACCUUGCACCAUCUGAUUACUUUUUGUUUCGAUCUUUACAAAACUCCUUGAAUGAAAAAAUCCGCAAUUACUUAGUUGCCAACCCAAUAUAUAGCAAUGCUUACAGAGGAUUUCGUACUAAAUACGGAACACAUAAAGUUACAAACGAAAGUACACUGAAACGAAUUAUCAAUAAUUUUAUACAGUAUGGAACUAUUCAAAAUCAUAGACACGAUCUGCCAGGUCCUUCUGCGUCUAUAACUGUAGAAGAAAAUAUUGAAGCAAUUAAAAAUUAUUUCGAACAGAAUCCAAAUGCUUCCAUUCGGAAAGCUGCCCAAGCUUUUAAAAUAUCAAAAACAACAUUACACAGGAUUUUAAAAUAUUUUCUGAAAAUGCAUCCGUAUAAAAUAACAUCUCAUCAAUUGCUAACCAAGCGCGCUAUGUUGAAACGUGUGGAAUUUUGCAAGACGAUAAAUGGAAUGUUUGAAAAUGAAGAACUUGAUGAAAAAUUCAUAAUUUAUACGGAUGAAGCACAUUUUUGGCUAAAUGGUUACGUGAAUAAGCAAAAUUAUCGAUUUUGGGGGUCGGAAAAUCUCAACGUUUCCCUGGCUAACCAACUCACUGGUGAAAGUUACAAGCAGAUUCUUGAACAAAAAUUCUUCCCUCAUGCAAAAAAAAGAGGCCUAGUCAGAGAUUUUUAUUUCAUGCAAGAUGGAGCAACGCCACACCGAACUCAGGAGGUCUUCGAAACAAUCCAUAAAGUGUAUGGCAGCCGAGUCAUUGGUCUGGGAUACCCUAAAUUUUGCCAAGGAGGGCUAGAAUGGCCACCAUACUCACCGGAUUUGAAUCCGUGUGAUUUCUUUCUUUGGGGAUACAUUAAAGACAAUUGUUAUGCCACAAAUCCAACAACAGUGCCAGAUUUAAUAGCAGCUAUUAAAAGGAUCGUCAAUAACAUUAAAAAUGAUAUGUUAGAGAAAUGCGUGGUUCCGAAGACGGAGGAUGAUGGCUCGUGUGGGUCCCAGGCGGAAGAUGUUGAGGCGAUCGUACUUUCGUCGGAUGAAAAGGGCGAAAGUGAUGAAGUCACGACGGUGGAAUGUGGUUCGACCGGUUUGGGCGGUUCGUCGGCAGGUCUGGCGCCAAAACGCCCAAGGUUAUCGUAA